AUGUGGUUAGAAGAUGAUGAAGAUUUAUCGGACGACGAUAUUGCGCCAGAUGAAGUCAUGGACGAUCCGAAAUGCCCUGUCAUCCUACUAACAAAGGAGGAAAAGAAACGCCUAAGAAAACCAUGGAAAUUUGCUCUGAUUAUAAAAAUGUUUAACAGCAAGAUAGGUUACAUGUCCCUCAUGAAACGCUUAAAGAAAAAAUGGAACCUCGAUGGGGGUCUAAUACUCACUGAUGUGGGGAAUGACUACUUCAUUGCCCUCUUUUCUACAAUGGGAGAUUAUAAUCAUGUUGUAACACAGGGCCCAUGGAUGUUGGAUGACAACUAUCUCACUAUUCGGAAUUGGAUACCAAAUUUCAUCCAGGAUAAUGCUCCUAUGCGCUAUUUAACCGCCUGGGUACGAAUACCUUAUCUAUCGGUUGAAUAUUUUGAUCAGGAAUUCCUCCAUAAAGUGGGAGGAAAAAUUGGGAAGGUGAUGCGUAUAGACCGGAACACAGCAUCGACUGAUCGUGGUCAGUUCACUCGUUUGAGUAUUGAAUUGGAUCUCACUAAACCCUUGCUUUCCAAAUUCUGGUUAAAAGGCAAAAUAUGGAAAAUACAAUACGAAGGCCUUCGUAUGAUCUGCUUUUCUUGCGGAAAGAUCGGUCAUACAGGAGAGAGUUGUACUGCCAACAUUACUGAUGCAGAACAUAUGAUAGAGCCAACAAAGAACUUGGAACAAGAACAAAUUGUCCCCCCCCACCAUGGAUAA